CGAGAGCAGCCUGUGCGCGCGCUUUCCUCUCCGCUCCAACGGAACAGCACAACUACUUCCUCCGGCUCUGUGACUGCUCUCCAGCUCGCGCUGCUUCUGCCAGAGAAGGCUGCUUGCGCAUGGAUUUCGUCCAGAUUUGUGCUGCCUGACAUGGAUGGCCCGCCGCUCGCCGAGUCGGAAGCCUGGUCCUUGGUGCAGUGAGAAGGAAGGACACGCGGCGCUUUUCUCGAAACGGAUGCAGGACGCGAGCGCGCGACUCCUCCGUGACCAUGCCGUGAUCUCUGAGCGCUGUCCUUCAUCCCAUCUAGACGACUAAAGAACACAUUUGCGGGGAGUUUUUGCAAUCCAAAGGAAUUAAACGCUGUCCAUUGCAGGCAUCAUGAAGAUUACCUCCCCGCUGAUAACUCAUGCGAGGUUCAGGCGAUCCGUCAAGAUCCUACUGCUGCUUGUGUUAUGUGUAGGAUACUCUCGCGGGAUGCCACACGUUUUAAGAUUUGGAGGAAUAUUUGAAUCCAUUGAAAGUGGACCAUCUGGUGCUGAGGAGCUAGCCUUCAAGUUUGCUUUAAAUACAAUCAACAGAAACAGAACCCUACUGCCAAACACAACAUUAACAUAUGACAUCCAAAGGAUAAACAUCCAUGACAGUUUUGAGGCUUCCAGAAAAGCCUGUGAUCAACUUUCUCUGGGAGUGGCAGCCAUUUUUGGCCCAUCUCACAGUUCUUCAGCCAAUGCAGUCCAGUCCAUCUGCAACGCGCUGGGGGUGCCACACAUCCAGACCAAAUGGAAGCACCAAGUGUCAGACAACCGUGACUCGUUCUACGUCAGCCUCUACCCUGACUUCUCCUCCCUCAGCAGGGCCAUCCUAGACCUGGUGCACUUUUUCAAGUGGAGGAUGGUUACUGUGGUGUACGAUGACAGCACAGGCCUUAUCCGGUUACAGGAGCUCAUUAAGGCACCCUCUCGUUACAAUAUCCGGUUAAAAAUCCGACAGCUGCCAGCAGAGACAAAAGAUACCAAGCCACUUCUUAAGGAGAUGAAGCGAGGGAAAGAAUUCCAUGUGAUAUUUGAUUGUGGCCAUGAGAUGGCUGCCAACAUUCUCAAACAGGCUCUUGCUAUGGGGAUGAUGACAGAGUACUACCACUAUAUUUUUACUACACUGGAUCUCUUUGCGCUGGACGUGGAGCCGUACCGCUACAGUGGGGUGAACAUGUCAGGGUUUCGUAUUUUAAACACAGAAAACAGCCAAGUGUCCUCUAUCAUUGAAAAGUGGUCCAUGGAGCGCCUGCAAGCGCCCCCCAAACCCGACUCUGGCUUAUUAGACGGCUUUAUGACGACGGAUGCAGCACUGAUGUACGACGCAGUGCAUGUGGUGGCUGUAGCGGUGCAGCAGUCUCCUCAGAUCACAGUCAGCUCUCUCCAGUGUAACCGGCACAAACCCUGGCGCUUCGGUAACCGCUUCAUGACACUUAUCAAAGAGGCCCAUUGGGAUGGUUUGACAGGACGGAUAAAUUUCAACAAAACCAAUGGCUUAAGGACAGAUUUCGAUCUGGAUGUGAUCAGCCUAAAGGAGGAAGGACUGGAAAAGAUUGGCACAUGGGACCCUGUAAGUGGCCUGAACAUGACUGAAAAUCAGAAGGGAAAGAUGUCAAACAUCACAGACUCGCUCACUAACAGGACACUAUAUGUGUCUACAAUACUGGAGGAGCCCUAUGUGAUGUUCAAGAAGUCAGACAAGCCUCUGCAUGGUAACGAUCGUUUCGAAGGAUUCUGCAUCGACCUGCUGCGGGAGCUCGCCAACAUCCUGGGCUUUGUCUAUGAAGUGCGGCUGGUGGAGGACGGCAAGUAUGGAGCGCAGGAGGAGAGCACGGGCCAGUGGAACGGUCUGGUGCGCGAGCUCAUUGACCAUAAAGCUGAUCUUGCAGUGGCUCCCCUAGCCAUCACCUACGUGCGGGAGAAAGUCAUCGAUUUCUCCAAGCCAUUCAUGACACUGGGGAUAAGUAUUCUGUACCGCAAGCCCAACGGCACCAACCCGGGGGUGUUCUCCUUCCUCAACCCUCUCUCCCCUGACAUCUGGAUGUAUAUUCUGCUGGCUUACUUGGGUGUCAGUUGUGUGCUGUUUGUCAUAGCCAGGUUUAGCCCCUACGAAUGGUAUAAUCCCCAUCCGUGCAACCCUGACUCGGACGUGGUGGAAAACAAUUUCACCCUGCUAAAUAGUUUCUGGUUCGGAGUUGGAGCUCUCAUGCAGCAAGGAUCUGAGCUCAUGCCCAAAGCCCUUUCCACCAGGAUAGUAGGAGGUAUCUGGUGGUUUUUCACCCUUAUCAUCAUCUCCUCCUACACGGCUAACUUGGCUGCUUUCCUCACAGUGGAGAGAAUGGAGUCUCCUAUCGAUUCAGCCGAUGACCUCGCCAAACAGACCAAAAUUGAGUAUGGUGUGGUGGAGGACGGCUCUACAAUGACCUUCUUUAAAAAAACAAAGAUCUCCACAUACGACAAGAUGUGGGAGUUCAUGAGCAGUCGCAGGCAUUCAGUCAUGGUGAAGAGUGUGGAGGAGGGCAUUCAACGGGUGCUUACCUCCGAUUAUGCCUUUCUCAUGGAGUCCACCACAAUCGAGUAUGUCACCCAGCGCAACUGCAAUCUCACGCAGAUAGGCGGCCUCAUCGACUCCAAAUCCUACGGUGUUGGUACUCCUAUGGGCUCUCCAUACCGAGAUAAGAUCACCAUAGCAAUCCUGCAGCUCCAGGAAGAAGGGAAGCUGCACAUGAUGAAAGAAAAAUGGUGGAGAGGGAACGGCUGCCCGGAGGAGGAGAGUAAAGAGGCCAGCGCCCUGGGUGUGCAGAACAUCGGAGGAAUCUUCAUUGUUCUGGCCGCUGGACUUGUUCUCUCUGUCUUUGUGGCAGUCGGGGAGUUCCUCUAUAAGUCUAAACAAAACGCACAACUUGAAAAGAGGUCAUUCUGCAGUGCCAUGAUGGAGGAGCUGCGAGUGUCCCUCAAGUGCCAGCGCCGGCUCAAACACAAGCCUCAGCCACCCGUCAUGGUCAAAACGGAGGAAGUCAUCAACAUGCAUACCUUCAAUGACCGGAGAUUACCAGGCAAAGAGACCAUGGCAUAAAGCAGACAUUUGCUUUCUUCCUCUCUUUUUAAAGGCAGAGGAGGAAAAACAAAGAAGAGAGUCGUAGAGCAGGGUGAUAGCUACGUUUAUACAUGGGGUGGGAGAUUAGGAACAUGAUUGUUCAGUGUUAAAUGUCAUUAUUGUUUUAAAACAAUUAGCUAUUGGGGGGGGGGGAGAAAUUGCAACAUAUUUCCUGUGGAAAUAACUUGAUUUUGGGUAAAAUUAAAGUGAGUUACCGCAUCACUCCUGCCACCAGGGCAUUGGCGAUGAUUGGUACUUGUGUUCUGGAUAUUUUAUGAAGAAAAUACCAAGUUAGAUAAAGGAAUGGGAUCAACCUGUAUAUGGCUGAAGGUGGACUAUCCCUUCAUUAUGUUCAUGUUAGUUUAGGUUUGUGAAUCUGUAAUCUCUUUUGGCAGCUUGACCAUUCUGUCUAGAGGCCACAUAGAGAACAGUUGAGUACAUUAAAGAGAACUAAGAGACUGAUGUAGACAAUAUGGGGAUGGGGAUUCUCUAAUUAUAUGGACAAAACAGUAUAAAACAUUUUUAAUGUGUAUAUUUCUGCUGAUUUUUUAUGGUCAAAGUCCCAGUAAGAGAAACCAGACAUAGUUGAUCCAAAAUCCUGAAAUAUAUUUAGAGUCACAACAGAACUACUGUGUGUUAAAGACAUUUCUUGAAGUCAAUCAACUGAAAGGAGGAAAUAUUUCAGGCAUCAGGCAAUAAAACAGCUUAAUUUGCUUGCAUUUCAGUUCACUACCACCAGUAUUAUUAAGGAAGAUGGAAGAGAAGAUUCAUCAUGUUUACUUUGUAUUAAGCAUGUACACUGAUAGAUUAAGAGCGUAUCAAUAAAAAGGAACGUGCCAAUUACUGGCUCAUGAAGAAUCCCAGGAUGCUCAUCACCGCUGCAAAAUAUAUAGAUCAGUUUCUGGAACUAAAAAACAAACAAACAACCAACAAACAAUUAAAAACAAGCAAAAAACACACACACAACUUCCCCUAAACCCCGCCCACUUCAACACACAAAAAGAAGAAAACAAAAAAAAGGAGUCACAGCGCUCAUGCUAUAUUUAUUCAAGUAUUUAUUGCUUUAUUUAUUGUUUUUAAUAAUUUGACAAACUCUAUCUACAUACAUUAAUUAAACACCAGUGCAUUUUUCAAAACAGUCGAAUUCAUUCCAAUGUCAAGUUUCUUGUUUGUAAGUUUUUGUGGAUUUUAUUUCGGGAAACGAGAAUCCUCACAAACUUGUGCAAAUGCAAAAUUUAUAUGAAGUGUUUUUUGUAUGAAGAAAAACAAAUCAAAAUUUUGUAAUAAUUUUUAUCAACACAAGAUUGACCAUGGGCAUCUUUCUCUUCUUCUGGUGAAACGGAUCAAGAAUAGCCAAGAGUGUAAAUUUAAGGAGGCUCUGGGACUGCUGUCUAUCAACAUGGACCAACUUCAUUAGAUCCACACAAAUACACCCAAGACCAUAGCACCAGGUCUGUGUAAAGAGGAUACAGAGCCAGUGUCCAUGAUACAUUGCAUCCAUGGACAUGAGUCACCUUAAAGGUCCAUGAAAAGAAAAGUGUGCUAAGCAUGGUAGGCAGCGUUGAAGAGACAAACGUUUUGGACAAAUCCUAUUUUUAUCAUGUAAAAUGAUCAUAUUUAAAGAAAGAUAUUUUUACUUGGGGUAAAUGAUAGUAACGCUAAUACUAAUGAUACUAAAAUAUAUACAUAUAUAGAUAUAGAUAUAUACAAUGAGAUAAAUGAUGGGGAUGACCACCGUUGCUUUUCAUUCUACACCCCUGAUUUACAAUAGACUGCUGGGAGUGCAGAGAACAUGUGAAUAAAUGGUUAA